AUGAACACAUCCUUAAUCUUUGAGCAUGAUUCUGUGCCGGUGGGAAUUGACAGCUGCACGUCUGCAACUGUGUGUGGGGCACGACCGAUGUUCAUUGGAGAACUGGAACCGGUGCUUGGUCUUAAGCUUGAAGGCGCAACAAAUACAAGCAUUCCAAUUGUCGGACGCGGCACACUACUGCUCACAUUUGUUGACGAUGCAGGACAGACACACCAACAUAAAGUCCACAAUGCAUACUAUGCCCCUCGCCUCAAAUUGACCCUGCUCAGCCCUCGACAAUGGUCAAACCAAGGACCGAAGAAGGGACGAUCCGCAGACCCGGUUCGCACUACUGUCCUUCGUGGAGACAAGGUCGAACUUCACUUUGAAAAGGACUGUAUCAAAACUAUCGACUACGAUGCACAGCUUCAGAUCCCUCUCUUGAUGACAAAACCCGGCUACAAGUCUUUCUCUACACAUCUUUGCUCUCAACACCUUACAGCUAGAGAGGCACGGAUCCGCCCCACUGCACUGACUAUUGGAAAUGUGGAACUACCUGCGGGAUCAGUCCUAAGACACCAAGAAGAUCGGGAACUACUAAAUCAAGAAAUGGACAAUAAGAACUACGAGAAGGACCCUUUUGACCUUCGUGGUGAGACAGCACCUAUUCUUGCCGACACAAUUGCGGGAGCAUUUGAAGAACCGGCACUGGAAGAUUUCAAUUUUGAAUCUAUUCUGUCAGAAGACUGGGAUUCAACAGCCCCUGAAGCCCGACUCCCAUCACUGAAUGAGACGGACAAGCGUACUUUGAUGCUACGAUGGCACUAUCGUCUUGGCCACAUGCCGUUCAGCCAUCUCAAAGCAAGUGCAGCCGCUGGACUACUCGACCCUCGUCUCGCCACUGUUCAAGAACAUCCAUUUUGCCCUGGCUGUCAGUUUGGGAAAGCAACACGUCGGCCAUGGCGUCACCGCUCUAAAAAGAAAGAUGGGAGCCGAAAGAAACUUCGUCAAGCAGCUCAUCCUGGUGAUGUUGUCUCUGUGGACACUGCGGAAUCCCGAAAUGUACCUGGCCUCGUUGCCCAGUUGCGUGGACGUCCAACCCUUAUGCGGUACCACUAUGCCACCACAUUUGUGGAUCACUUCUCUGAUCUUGACUAUGUGCACCUCCACCAACGUAAUGAUGGUGACAGCAUUCUUGAAGCAAAACUUGCAUUUGAACGCUAUGCUGGGACCUUUGGCGUCUCUGUGAAACACUAUCAUUGUGAUAAUGGCGUGUUUGCCGACACCAACUUCAAAACGGCAUGUCGCGCUGCUCGUCAAACCUCCAGUUUUUGUGGCGUUAACGCUCAUCACCAAAAUGGCAAAGCCGAGAAACGCAUUCGUGACAUUCGUGAUAGCGCUCGGUCCAUGCUUCUACUUGCGCAACACAAUUGGCCUGCGGCAAUCACCGCCAACCUAUGGGGCUUUGCAAUGAUUUACGCCUCUCAAAUUCGAAAUUCCACUCUUCGAGAGGGAGAGAAACGGACAGCACUGCAGAAAUUUGCGAACACCGAUGAUAGACCAGAUGUCAAACAAUUUCACACAUUUGGCUGCCCGGUGUACAACUUGGAUCCAAAGCUUCAGAGUGGAAAUUCACUGGAGAAUAAAUGGUGUGAUCGAGCGCGUAUUGGAAUUUAUCUUGGACUAUCACGAGAACAUGCACACUCAGUAUCACUAGUGUUGAACCCCGACACAGGACUGACUUCACCACAGUUUCAUGUGAAGCACGAUGAACGAUUCGAAACGACAAAGAUUCCAGCAAUGAGGAAUGUUGGAAAAUGGCAAGGAAUCACGAGAAUACACGAAACUGUACUGAAGCCAAAGAGAGCACGAUCAAACAAGAGAACCAAACUGUCCCAUACUCCCGUGUCUGAGCCCAUUGACACAACUCAAACUCCCACACCUGAGUCAAAUGGUGAGAACGGUGCACCCGUGCAAGAGAGCAUGGGAGCCCAUUCGAUCGACCGGAACGGCCAAGAUAGGCUAGGUCAACCCGAGCGGAACGGCCAAGAUAGGCUAGCUCACGACCGGAACGGCCGAGAUAGGCUAGGUCAACCCGAGCGGAACGGCCGAGAUAGGCUAGCUCACGACCGGAACGGCCAAGAUAGGCUAGGUCAACCCGAGCGGAACGGCCGAGAUAGGCUAGCUCACGACCGGAACGGCCAAGAUAGGCUAGGUCAACCCGAGCGGAACGGCCAAGAUAGGCUAGCUCACGACCGGAACGGGGAAGACCCCAUGCAUACUCAGCAAGAGAAUGAGCAAUUGAUUCAGAGGGAGACUCCAGCGUCUUCACAAAGGGAGACCCAAUCCGAUCCUCAGAGGGAGACACAAUUGUUUUCUCAGAGGGAGGAUGGAUCCGCCUCUCAGAGGGAGACAGAAAGAGUGAGUUUCCAACAUCCGGCGCUGCAGGGAACAGUAAACUCCCAAACACAAGCAAUUCAAGCCCUGAAAGCACACAAAUCCUCCUCACAGAAACGAAAACGAGGACGAGAGGAGAUGGAAGAAACUGAAACUGCGACGUCCCUUGAGGAACAUCGCCGCGAAAUGCAAUUGACGAUCCGAUGUUAUAAAACUGAGAUCGCCAGAGAGGUUCAUGCAGAAGAGCUGGUCGAGCAAUGCAUGACUUCAAAUCCGUUUGCAUUCGCAGCGACGCUUGCAGAUGAAGACACUAUGUAUCUGAAUCAGGCAAAGAAAGAACCUGACUGGGUACAGUUUCACGAAGCAAUGGUCAAAGAAAUACAAGACCACACUGAAGGGAAACACUGGGAAGUCGUUCCAAGAAGUUCCAUGCCAGAAGGCCACCGUGCCAUGCGUGGAGUAUGGUCCAUGAAGCGAAAGCGGAGAGUGGGAACCGGAGAAGUCUACAAAUGGAAGGCGAGAUUAUGCAUCGAUGGCAGUUCGCAAGAGAAAGGCGUCAACUAUUGGGAGACCUACUCCCCAGUUGUUGGUUGGGAGACAAUUCGAAGCCUACUGACACUGGCAAUACUCAAUGGAUGGACUACCAGACAAAUCGACUUCGUACUGGCAUUUCCACAAGCAGAAGUUGAAUGUCCGAUGUACAUGGAAAUUCCGAAAGAAUGUUACGUUGAUGGAUCGGAGUUGAACGAAAACAACGUUUUGCUUUUGAAGAAGAACUUAUAUGGGACCAAGCAGGCGAGCCGUGUGUGGUUCGAAUUUCUGAAGGAAGGACUGGAGGAAAUUGGUUUUGUACAGUCGAGUGAGGACAAGGCAGUCUUCUACAAAGGCGAGACGAUCUUUGUUGUAUAUGUUGAUGAUGGGAUUUUGAUGGGUCCAAACGGACGCGAAAUUGAUGACGUCAUCGGACAACUCGGACACAAGUAUAAAUUAACGGACGAAGGCGACCUAAAUGAAUAUCUCGGCAUCAAAAUGAAGAGAACCAAAGACGGUCGUGAACUAACCCAACCAGCACUGAUCCAACGCAUAUUGCAGACGGUCGGAGUGUCGCUCAAUAGAGGAGAUCGGCAAGAAGUGAAAACCCCAGCGACAAAAACGUUACACAAAGAUGAAGGGGGUGAGAAGCGCCGAAUGAAUUGGGACUACAGAUCGGUGGUUGGGAUGCUGAAUUGGUUGGCACGUUCAACGCGUCCAGAACUCAUAUUUGCAGUGUCACAAGUUGGUAGGUUCAUGGCGUUUCCUAAGAAAUCCCAUGAAGAUGCGAUAAUGAGAAUAUGCACCUACUUGAGAGACACUCGAGACAAAGGAAUGAUCAUGAAACCUGACAAGAAUAAAGGAUUUGAGGUUUAUGCCGAUGCAGAUUUCGCUGGAGGAUACAACAAGCACAAUGCAGAAGACCCAGCGACAGCAAAAUCACGAACUUGCUAUCACAUCAUGUUUAACAACUGCCUUGUAUAUUCCCACUCAAAACUUCAGACAGAGAUUGCAUUGAGUACAACUGAAGCGGAGUACAUUUGCUUGUCCCAAGCGCUACGGACAGUGAUCAGUUUGAUGCGAUUCUUCAAAGAACUAGCAAAGAAGAUCAAAUCAUUCAAGUACAAACGACCAAGGUUCAAAUGCAAGGCAUUUGAAGACAACAAUGGCGCGAUAGCGAUCGCAACAACUGAAAACUUACGGCCACGAACAAAACACAUCAACAUCAAAUACCAUCACUUCAAACGAUACGUGCGAAAAGGGUAUGUGACCAUUGAACGGAUAGACACAAUUGAUCAACUUGCCGACAUUGGUACCAAGCCUCUAUUGCCCCAUAUGUUCAUACCAUUGCGGAAAGCACUCAUUGGAUGGUAA